CGUAUGUUACAGACAUGACAAACUAACCCAGACUCAGAAGUCAGAGACAAACAAACCUCACUGGAAUGCACUGCAAGUCUAUGGUUUUGGUUUAUAUGCAUUCUAUCACAUUUCAAAAUGUAUCAAGAAAAAAUCGAAGAACUCCAAAAUUAUUUCAAAACUCACUCAAAAUCCAAAGAAUACUUAGGACACUCGGCUAAAGUACAUUCAGUUGGAUGGAGUUGUGAUGGUAGAAGACUAGCUUCCGGCUCAUUCGAUAAAUCAGUUUGUAUAUAUACAUUAGAUAGGGAUAGAUUGAAUAAGGAAGUUACUUUCAAAGGACACAGUGGAUCAGUUGAUCAGUUAUGUUGGCAUCAAUCGCAUCCAGAUCUUUUAAGCACAGCAAGUGGAGACAAAUCUAUAAGAAUAUGGGACACAAGGGUUCAAAAGUGUGUGACUACAAUAAAUACCAAAGGUGAAAAUAUAAAUAUAACAUGGUCUCCAAAUGGAAAUUGUAUUGCAGUUGGAAAUAAGGAAGAUUUGGUUACAUUUAUUGAUGCUAGAACUCAUAAAAUUGAAGCAGAAGAACAGUUUUAUUUUGAAGUCAAUGAAAUAUCUUGGAAUAAUACUAGUGAUUUAUUUUUUUUGACCAAUGGAUUAGGUAGUGUACAUAUAUUAAGUUAUCCUGAAUUAAAGAGACAACACAUAUUAAAAGCUCACCCAGGUACUUGUAUAUGCAUUGAAUUCGAUCCAACUGGAAAAUAUUUUGCUACAGGCAGUGCAGACGCUCUGGUAUCACUAUGGGAUAUUGAAGAGUUAGCGUGCAAACGAGUAUUCACCAGAAUGGACUGGCCAGUUCGAACUAUAUCUUUCAGCCAUGAUGGACAACUGUUGGCCUCUGCUUCUGAAGAUCUUUUGAUUGACAUUGGAUUUGUUGAGACUGGGGCUAAAAUUGCAGAUAUAUCUGUUGAAGCUGCAACAUUUACUGUUGCAUGGCAUCCUUCAUUGUACCUUUUAGCUUAUGCAUGUGAUGAUAAAGAUACUUAUGAUCGUAAAAGAGAUGCUGGUAGUUUAAAAGUUUGGGGUUUCCAAGUUGACUGAAUUAUUGUGUAAAUAAAUGACUAUUAUCAGUAA